ACUGAAAUUUGUCGUUGGCAUUCGCGCCUUCCCGCACAACACUUUCUUCCCCCUCCCAUCCCUCCUGAAGGACCGCACCUGCAAUCAUGGCCAAGAAGAAGAAGUCUGGAUCAACCCCCGCAGCAUCCGCCCAGCAGCAGCAGCAGCAGCAGAAGAAGAGCGAGUCGAGGCGCGGGUCGAGUGCGCAGCUCAUCGAUGACGAGAACGACCUGCCCGAGCUCGAUGCCGUCCCCGUCCCUGUCCCUGUCCCUGUCCCUGAGGCCAGCGUCGAUGCAACCGCAACUCCGACAAACCGCGAAGCAUCUUCUGCUGCUUCUUCUUCCUCGUCCGACCCCGUUCCCGCUGAACCCGCUGCUGCCCCAGACGCGGACGUACAACAGCCAACGACCACUACUGCCGACAAGCAGCCGCCGACGGAAGACGAGGACGACGAACCGCCGCCGCUCGAGGAAGCCACAGACGACGAGCUACAUUCCACUCUCCAAGGCGACCAAAGUGCACCCUCGCCCGACAACAGCAAGGACAACAAGAACAACAACGACGACGAGGCAAACACUGCUGCUGCAGAUCCAAUCAACGGAGAGCACUUGCCUGACAUUGAAAAGACAGGCGCCAAACGCAGCUUCAAAAACCGACGUGGCGCGCGCGGUGCAACCAUCAGCAUCUCCCGCGACGCUGCUGUCGUUGUAGCCGCUCGACGUGCCGCCCAACAAGCCGAAAUCAGUGAUUCGGACUCGGACUCGGAACUUGCCACGCAACCCAUUCCGGACUCGGAAGCAGAAGCAACAACACCCACAGCAACCUCAGCAACCCUUCAAGAAAAGCGCGUCGUCGAUCGUGCCGCCAGCAUGCCGUCCCUCUUCAGCCGCGGCAAAAACCCCAAACAUCAAACCAUCAGCCAAUCCUCGGGUCUGGCCAUUCCGCCACCCUCGGACGCUGAUCGGGCUGCUGCCGCUUCUUCCUCUGCCGCGAGCAGUGCCUCCGCCCACCCGCCAGCAGGCGGUGCUGGGCAAGUCUUUUCGGAACCCAGCUCGCCCACCGCAUUGCAGCCUGCCCAUCCCCACAUUCUAGCUCAUGCGUCGCUGUCCAAAGCAACUGCGCAAUCCGCUGCUCGUGGUCUGCAGCGCCAGCACUCCCUCCAGCAGAGCUCUCCGGGUUCGCCGGCCCCCGCUAACUCGUCGUCGCGAUUGCUCGAGAUUGCCAAUCUGUUUAUCUCCUCCAUGAACAAGUCCACGACCUCGCUCCCUGGCGACAUUCUUUCGGACUCGGUUGAGGUUCACUUGAUGGAGGCUCAAGAUCUCCCUGUCAAGGAUCCCAACACCCAAGGCUCGCCGUACUGCAAGAUUCGUUGUGGCUCGCAAAAGUAUCGCACCAAGACUGCUGCACGUGGCGACGUGCCGCAGUGGCGCGAAUGGCUGACGAUCGAUCUGCACGCCUCGCACUCGACCAUGAUGGAUGUGAUGGUGCUGGACCACGAGUAUGCUGCUGCCAGUGCUGUCGGCUCCCCAGUGCAGUCCUCAUCGUCCGUGAUUGGCAAAGUCUCGUUCGAUCUAAGCACUCUCCCUGCGGACACCUGGAUUGAAAAGUGGCUUGACUUGGUCAACGCUCCCUCUGGCCGGCUGCAUUUCAAAUUCCGUCGCAAUGUCACUCGAGCAGCAGGUGCUGAUUCCGGCGUCUCCACUCCGCCCUCCGCGCCCAGCGAAACGGACGGUUCCGAGACUGAGGCAAGCGCUGAAGGCCGUCUUGCCCGUGCUCGCCAGAGCAGCAUCAUGCGCAAGUACAUUAGCAUGUGGCGCUCUCAAUACCCCGGCCACGAGGGCGUGCAAAACCUUGCCACGGACAAGCCGGCUGAAGGCGAUGGGUCUGCUGCUGGAACUCCGUUGGAUUUGCAAGCUUCCGGCCCGGGUCCGCUCUCGCCCUUGGCCACCUCAUCGCCAGUCCAGGUCGCAGCCAACCUCCCGACAUCUCCCACGACCAAAUCCCCAAUCUCUCCAAUGCCAUUCUCAAGCGGUGCCGCCAAGCCGGCCGAGCUGGGUGGACCUGUUGCUCCAACUCCUGUGGCCGCAGCAGCCCCCACGACCACCGAGGCUUCCAAGCCAAAGCGCAUGAAUGCAGCGCAGCGCCGCGCAUCCGUUCACUACCGCACGAUUGGCCACUCUGUGCUUUCUCUCAAGCUCUUCCUGUGUGCGUUCGGGGACACCAAGCGCAUUGACUAUGCUGGCGUAGUGGACCGCUUGGGGCUGAAGGAGGCCUUCCUCGAAGCGUACACGGGCAACGAGUUUCCCGACAACUUCCCGGCCAUCUACAUUCGUGACAAGAGUGUUGACGUCUUUUACGAGCUUGAAAACUACACGGAAGUGACUGACGGCGCAGUGCUGCGCCUCCACAUGCCUCAAUCCGCUCAGCGCAACUCGGCCGCGGUGGAGGAGCGCCUCAAUGCCAUGCAAAAAACACUCGACGAGGUUCUCAAGCAUGUUUCCACCAAACCAGUAGCGCCUCCGCUCCCGGCCGCCCCUCCGCCGGCCACGCCAGCCCCGCCACCGACCGCAACACCGGCCACCACCAGCUCCUCCUCGGUUCAGCAGGUCGCCAAGGUCAACAUCGCCCCCGCCUUGGCCGAGGUCGACCGCGUCCGUCGCCAAGUCGCCGUGCUGCGCCAGACCUACCGCGACCAGCACAAGAGCGCCAUGGCCACCAUGAGCGCAACAUUUACGCAACUUUCUUCCACUUUGAAAACGGUUAUGGGCGAGAACGCUGGUCACUUGUUCAAGCGCACGCAGCUCGGCACUCGCAAGGACUCGCACACUGCUCGAAUUGACACGCUGGUGCAACGGAUUACGGAUACUGAAACGCUUGUGAACGAACUGACUCGCGAAGUGGUGGUGCACAAGUGCAAGCCCGACAUGAAGAUGAUGGAAACGCUGAUGACUGAUUUGGACAGACUCGAUACGGAUAUUAACGGAGCAAAGGACACUUUUGACGACCUGGAACGCGCGUUCAAGGCCGUUUGGGCCAAGGAACUCAAGAACGUGGUGAACGAAGAAGCCUACUUCAAGACGGCCAACGACGAUUUGGAUGACUUGGAUGGACAGUACGACGACUUGGCAAACACGGUCAAGACGUUGCACCAGCUGAUUGCUGUGCAGGCAACGCUGCCUUCGCGCACGCGAGACUUUGGCGUCGAAAACCUGGAAGACCGCAAGUCGGCUGUCGGCGGCAUUCUCCAGGAAAUCACCAUGCUGGCGCCGGAUCACGAGGCUCGCUUGAAGCGCAUCGAGGUGAUUGAGCAUCUGCGAGUCAAGCAGCGCGAGGUCUCUCGCGCAUCCAGUCCGCUGCUAGAGUUUGAAAACGAGCUCACUUCCAAGGGCAGUGCGCUUCGCAAGACUGGAGGUGUCGAUGAGGUCGAGCGCAAGCGCAAGAUCCGUGAUCAAGAGUUUUUCAAGUCUUCUGGCAAACCAGAGGCAUGAGUGAAAUAGCAACUCAACACACCAAAGUGGGCUGGCUAUUUCUUGUGUUUGCGUGUUCUUGUGACGAUGUUGUUGGUUUUGUGUGAAUGUUUGUGUUUAUGUGACUACAGUAGGUGUGCAAAAUGCAAGUGAUCUGUGUC